AUGCCUCCUAUCUUGCCUGAUUUCUCCAGCUCAGUUAAGCUCAAAUAUGUCAAACUUGGUUACCAAUAUCUUGUGAAUCAUAUCAUCACCCUCACUCUCAUUCCUAUCAUGAUUGGUGUUUCCCUUGAGAUCAUACGUUUAGGUCCAAACGAACUCCUAAACCUUUGGAAUUCACUUCACUUUGACCUCGUACAAAUCCUAUGUUGUUCUUUUCUUGUCAUUUUUGUAUCCACCGUUUAUUUCAUGUCCAAACCUCGUACAAUCUACCUGGUUGAUUAUGCUUGUUUCAAACCACCGGUUACCUGUCGUGUUCCGUUCGCUACUUUCAUGGAACAUUCCAGACUCAUCCUUAAAAACAAUCCGAAAAGUGUCGAGUUUCAGAUGAGGAUUCUCGAGCGGUCCGGUCUCGGCGAAGAAACUUGUUUACCGCCUUCGAUUCAUUAUAUUCCGCCGAAACCAACCAUGGAAUCGGCGAGAGGUGAAGCUGAGCUCGUUAUUUUCUCGGCUAUGGAUUCGUUGUUCGAGAAAACCGGUCUUAAACCGAAAGAUAUAGACAUUCUCAUCGUAAAUUGUAGUCUUUUUUCUCCAACACCUUCAUUGUCAGCUAUGGUUAUUAACAAAUAUAAACUCAGAAGUAACAUCAAGAGCUUCAAUCUUUCUGGAAUGGGUUGUAGCGCUGGACUCAUUUCGAUCGAUUUAGCUCGCGAUCUUCUUCAAGUUCAUCCGAAUUCAAACGCGGUUGUUGUUAGCACUGAGAUCAUAACGCCAAACUAUUACCAAGGGAAAGAAAGAGCCAUGCUUUUGCCGAACUGUUUGUUCAGAAUGGGCGGUGCGGCGAUUCUGAUAUCGAACCGAUCGUCGGAGAAACGAAGAGCUAAAUACAGAUUAGUUCACGUCGUUAGAACACAUAAAGGAGCGGAUGAUAAAGCAUUCAAAUGUGUUUUCCAAGAAGAAGACGUAGAGGGUAAAGUCGGAAUUUCGCUUCAGAAAGAUCUCAUGGCAAUUGCAGGUGAAGCACUGAAAUCAAAUAUUACAACAAUGGGUCCUCUUGUGUUACCAGCUUCAGAACAGUUACUCUUUCUAAUCUCACUCAUUGGUAGAAAAAUCUUCAACCCUAAAUGGAAACCCUACAUACCCGAUUUCAAACAAGCCUUUGAACACUUCUGUAUCCACGCCGGUGGGCGUGCUGUGAUCGACGAGUUACAGAAGAAUCUUCAACUUUCAACCGAACACGUGGAAGCGUCGAGGAUGACGCUUCAUAGGUUCGGUAACACAUCGUCUUCUUCGCUGUGGUACGAACUUAACUACAUCGAAUCGAAGGGAAGGAUGAAGAAAGGAGAUAGGGUUUGGCAGAUAGCAUUUGGCAGCGGAUUUAAAUGUAACAGUGCGGUUUGGAAAUGUAACAGAAGCAUCAAAACACCUGUUGAUGGACCUUGGACAGAAUGCAUUGAUCGUUAUCCUGUUCAUAUUCCUGAGAUUGUUAAACUCUAG